GCGCAGUGCCCCCUGUGGCCAGGCCGAGAGGGGGGGCUGGGCUGGGACCCUCUGGCACAGCGCCCCACCAGGACCCACCCCCUGGUCCAUGGGCCCGGCUUGUCACCCCUGUGCCCUGCGUGGGGCUGGUUCACACUGUGUCAGGCUCGAAUGGGCCCAGGUCUGUGUCCCCGCAGGGCAGGGGCCAUACAUCGACUGGCAGAUCCCUGCUCCAGCGCCAAGCCCCGCAGGAAUCCACAACCAUGCCCCGUGCCCUGGGGGCACCCCCCAAUGACUCGGCUCUGACAUCACCCAGCCCUUACUGCCCAGGCUGUGCAAAGCUAAUGCGUCACAUCUACGCACCUACGUGGGCCCAAGACUGACUAUCCAGUAGGUUCAGAGUCUGGACCCUGAUUUCUUGUCUCUGGGCUCCCCCACGGCUGAGUCACCAUGCCUCCUCCCCCCCAGCACGGCCGUCUGAAGGUAAAGACGACGGAGGAGCAGGCCGAGGCCAAGCGCCUGGAGCGGGAGAAGAAGCUACGUCAAUACGUAGCCGCCACGACCGCCAUCUUUGAGAAGAGGAAGACAGGACAGCUGGACAAAGAGGCGCUGGAGCUGACCAAUCAGAUCUUGGGGGUCAACCCCGAUUUCGCCACCCUCUGGAACUUCCGCCGGGAGAUCCUCCUCCGCCUGGAGCCGGAGGGGUCCCCGGAAGAGAUGCAGUUGCUGUGCCGCGGGGAGCUCUCGUUCCUGGAGUCCUGCCUGCGGGUGAACCCCAAAUCGUACGGGACGUGGCACCACCGCUGCUGGGUGAUGGAGCACGUCCCCCACCCCGACUGGGCCCGCGAGCUGGAGCUGUGUGCCAAGUUCCUGGAGAUCGACGAACGCAACUUUCACUGCUGGGAUUACCGGCGCUUCGUGGUGCAGCGCGCCCAGGUGUCGGCCGCAGACGAGCUGCACUUCACCGACCGCCUCAUCACCCGCAACUUCUCCAACUACUCGUCCUGGCACUACCGCAGCCGCCUGCUGCCCCGGCUGCACCCCGACCCCCGGCAGCCGGGCCGCCCCACCGAGGCCGUGCUGCUCAAAGAGCUGGAGCUGGUGCAAAACGCUUUCUUCACCGACCCCAACGACCAGAGCGCCUGGUUCUACCAUCGCUGGCUGCUGGGCAGAGCCGAGCCGGAGCCGACUAUCCUGUGUGUCUACGUAAGCCGAGAGGACUCCUCGCUGGCGGUGGCUUUCUCCCAGCCUGUGGUGGUGACGCCAGGAUCCUGCGACCUGCUGCUCUUCGCAGACGAGGCCCCCCUGGCGGUGAAUUGGCACACACCCGACGGGAAAAACCGCCCCGGCCUCAUGUGGCUGUGUGACCUGCCGGACUCGGCCCUCAACGAGCACUGGCCCCAGCACACCUUCCGGGUGCACUGGGUGGGCGGGGAGUCCCAGAAGGAGUGCGUCCUCUUCAAAGGCUGCAGAGACGGCUGGUGCCGGGACUCCGUCACCGAGGAACAGGUGUUCAGGUGCGAGCUCUCUGUGGAGAAGUCGACUGUGCUGCAGUCGGAACUGGAGUCCUGUAAAGAGCUGCAGGCCCUGGAGCCGCAGAACAAGUGGUGUCUCCUCACCAUCAUCCUCCUCAUGCGGGCCCUGGACCCCCUGGUGUACGAACGCGAGACCCUCAGCUACUUCGACACCCUGAAGGCCGCUGACCCCAUGCGCUCGGCCUAUCUGGACGACCUGCGCAGCAGAUUCCUCGUGGAGAACAGCAUCUUGCGGAUGGAGUACGCCGAGGCCAGGGUGGUGGACCUGUCCUGCCGGGGCCUGACCGUCCUCUGCCACCUGGAGCAGCUGCCGCUCGUCACCCACCUGAACCUGGCCGGGAACCGGCUGCGCCGCCUCCCUCCCGCCCUGGCCAUGCUGCGCUGCCUCGAGGCAUCCAGCGACCUUCUGACCUGCGACCUUUGGCCUCCUUCCCCAAGCUCCGCCUCCUGGCCCUGCGGGGGAACCCCCUGGGUGACCUCCUUGAUGCCCAAUCAGAGCUGGCCGUGCUGCUGCCCCGCGUGGAGAUCGCCCUCGCCUGAUUGGCCGGGCGCGUCUGGCCCCGCCCCUUCUCCCCUGCCUGCCAAUAAUUUAUUGGACCCGGGAAAUAAAAGGUUAAAAAUGUCCUGGUGUGAACUGAGUCAUUAGGUGCCCCUCACUCCC